AUUCAUUUUUUUCAAUUCGAUUUUAUGAAAGAAAAUAUAACAAACCUGCAUUUGGAAAGAAUCCGCUUGUAAUGCAUCGCCGAAUGACAUCCACAUUUCCAUGGCAAGAGAUCAAUGGCAUUCCAAUUUUAUUGCGACACAAUUUAGCCAAUUGCUCGCGCAGCUCAUAGGCUCUUUUCAAGUUCUUGUAAAUGACAUAAUGUUGACCGCACCAUUCUUUUGUUCGGCCCGCGGCCACAAAGCCCGUGUAAACAUUAAGCAAUGUGAUAAGAUCACCCUCGGCCACUUCAAACUCUCUCUUUUUAACUCGCGCUGUUAUUUGACCUUGACCUGUUGAUGGCUUAGAAAAUACCGUGUGCACUUGAAGCAUUGCAAUUAUACUUAAAAUCUCUUCGGAGCACGCCAUUUGAAUAGAAUUGUAUAGCAUUUUUCCCAUCAUCGGACUGAUUGGAAGCUCGGCCAAGAAAUAACCAACGGGUUGGGUCAGCGUUCGUGACGUCGUUGAACUGAGUGUACCGCUUGAUGGACGUCCUCGCACACGCCGUCAGUCAAGUAACAAUCAACAAAAAUGGAUUGACGUUCCAGUUGAACCAUUUGAACGAAAGUAUUUUGUAUGAUAACGAAACUGAUGGUAGUGAUGAUGAAACUGGUUUGACAGAUGAUACCCCUACAGUUCAACAGCAAAAUGGCAACACAUCACAGAAGUUAUUCCACGUAUCAGACCUUUGGUGUGACGAUGACGAGGAUGAAGAUGAUGAAUUGUUGAAAGAGCUUGAAAAGGAUCCAAUCUUCCAAACCAGCUUGAAUGAAACUCUCACGAAAUUUCUACAAAACUUUGCAACAACCGAAAGGUUCGCCGAAUACGCACAACAUCUGAACGAAGAGGAGAAGAGAAUCUUACGAGGAAUUCAAGUCAAUGUUUAAAUAUCACUUACCAUUCAAUUUGAUAAAUGAUUUAAUGGAAUUUUCAAAAAAUUCUUUUUACAAAAAUAAAAUAUUGAGCUCAGAAUGAAUUUUCAUGAUUUA